AUGGAAACCACCCCGGAGCCUGCACGCUCUCCCACUAAUGUGGAUGAUCUUUUCAACUACGACGUGGGCCUCGACGAGAUCUUCCAAGAGCAACCCAAUACUACGCAUAACGCCGAUGCGUCCAAACCGGCCACGGGCGAUCCCACUUCAUUAGGUCUUGGUCUUGACGAGGAAGUCAAGGUUACCAAGAAACGACAGCCUGCACCAAAGCUCGAUGAGGCCCGCCUCCUGUCACAGCCAGGAAUCCCCAAGCUACGCCGCACAGCCAAGCGUAAGCUCAAGUUCAAGGGCAAAGGCUAUGAAUUCCACGACGCCGAGCGACUAUUGAACUUCUAUCAACUAUGGCUGGAUGACCUCUACCCACGCGCCAAAUUUGCAGACGGAUUGACCAUAAUCGAGAAACUGGGCCACACCAAGCGCAUUCAAACGAUGAGACGGGAGUGGAUCGACGAGGAGAAACCGAAUUUCUUCAAUGAUACAAUCAACGUGCCCGACACCCGUGAUCUUACCAUGGGUGUUUCCGCCGAUCAAAAUGGUACAGAUGCACCAGAACCUCGAGCUUUCAACCCCUCCGGAUCCAAUCAGGCUGGAUCAGACACGGCCGACCAAGACUUGUUCAUGCCAGAUCCUGAAACAGAGACUAGACCUAAGGUCAGUCAUCCCGAGCCCGAUGAUGAUGAUCUGGAAGAUCUUCUCCGGGAGCAGGAUGAGGUCAUGUCUGGGAUGCCUGAGCCAGCUGCUUCAGGACCUCCAAAUACUAGCCUGGAUGACUUUGAUGCCGAAUACGAAGCUAUGAAUGAAAUGGGCAUGUAG